AUGCUAGUGUGCUCUGAUAUGGGUAAGAACACACCUGUAUUCUACUACUCUUGGCACGGCCAGGUGAAAAGUGAAGACAGCUGGUUUAAGCACUAUGGCAUCUCUGGUCUCUGGCAGAGACUGCUACCAACAGGACCAAAGGCCUUUUUGCCUUCUGAGCACAGAGAGAAUGCUGGCAGUGAUCAGGUCAGGGAGAAUCUGAUUGAACUGAAUUUUCACUUCACAUGGAAUCUGAUGUUGGAAGACCUUGACAUACCUGAUUUGGAAAUGAGGAUCUCUGAGGACCUUGAGUUCCUAGACAUCAAACACUCAGUGGGGAUGCUCAACCUCAGGGCCUAUGUGAAACACCUGAAAGGCCAGCAUGAGGAAGCCCUGCAGAGCUUGAAAGAAGCAGAAGCCUUGAUCCAGGGAGAGCAGUUGGGCAAGAGAAGCCUGGUUACUUGGGGCAACUGUGCCUGGGUGCAUUACCACAUGGGCAGCCUGGCUGAAACCCAGAACUACCUGGACAAGGUGGAGAACACUCGCAAGGAAUUGGGCAGUACCUUCAGCUAUAGUAUGGAGUAUGCCGAGAUGGAAUAUGAGAAAGGCUGGGUCUUUCUGAAGAGUGGACGAAACAAUUAUAUACCAGCCAUGGGCUGCUUUAAAAGAGCUUUGAGAGAGGAUCCUAAAAACCCUGAAUACAACAUUGGCUAUGCCGUUGCAGCCUAUCACACAGACUUUGAUGACAAUAAUAUCUCUCAACCCCUAAGGAAGGCUGUCAGGUUAAAUCCAGAAGAUCCGAAUAUUAAAGUGUAUCUUGCGCUGAAGCUUCAGGAUUUAGGAGAAGCAGCGGAAGCAGAAACACACAUUGAAGAAGCCCUCAGUAGCACAUCCUGCCAACAUUAUACAUUUCGCUCUAUAGCCAAGUGUUACCAAAGGAAAGGCUGCCUAGACAAGGCUUUCCCUCUGCUACACAGGGCCUUGCAGGCGUCACCUGCCUCUGGCUACCUGCAUUACCAACUAGGGCUCUGCUACCAUAGACAUGUGAUGCAACUGAGGACAUCCAGCGAUAAGCCGGCCCAAAGGCAGGCGGCACAACAGGCCGUUUUUGAAUUUCAAGAGACUGUGAAACUCAGGCCCAGAUUUGAGAUGGCUUAUGUUUGCAUGGCUGAAGUACAGGCAGAAAUUGGCCAACACGAAGAAGCAGAGGCAAAUUUCCAGAAGGCGCUGAACAUGAAGGAACUGAACAGUAAUCUUGAGUGUCACAAAGAACAGGAUAUUCAUUUACGCUAUGGCCGUUACCAACACAUUCAUCGGAAAUCAGAGGAUGAUGUGAUCACCCAGUACUUAAUAGGUCUUAAACUGGACAAAGAAAACUUUGUCUGGAGGAAACUACUUUCAAGGUUAGAGAGAAUGGCCACAAGAUGUGCUCGCCAGCAUGUUCGAAUAGUGGAGAGCUAUUGCUUGCUGGGCUUCAUCCGCAAACUGAAGGGGGACAAGGAAGCGGCACUACAGUGCUAUGAAUUGGCUCUGAGGCUCCCUGGGGAAGUGAACAAUGAGUUUUGA